UGGCUAGACAGUGUCCAUGACCUAAAUCAGCACGGAGUUUCCUUAUCCCGGCAGCAGUCCAAGCUCCCACGGCCCCUGUCAACGUCAUCCUGCGACCAACCAAUACCUACUACGAGUAGUAGGGUCAGAAUACUUUCAGCUUCAAUCUCAGCAAUACAAUGGUUCGAUAUUAUUAACUAUAUUCCUACCUCGUGGCUUCUUGUACCUCGAUCUAGCUAUAUGAUUCGGAUCAAUAUCCACUCCGACAGACCAACAGACCAGUAGCAUCAUGAGUCCCACUGGACUGACCCGUUCCAGGGUCACAGCAUACCUGGUCUAUCUCGUUUUUGUUGUCACACUAGGGCCGCUUCAAUUUGGCUAUCAUCUGGCCGAGCUUAAUGCCCCCCAAGCUGUUAUUACCUGCGAGCGAAAGAGCAUCCAUUCUACCGCUUCAGCAUUGUUCGGAACUCUGCCUCAAUGUAUUCCAAUGCACCCUUCCCAAUUCGGUCUGGUGUCCUCCAUAUACACCCUUGGUGGUUUGCUAGGUGCCCUGCUGGCAGGGCCCGUUUCCACUAAACAUGGGCGACUAUUCGCCUUGCGAGCUACAACGAUUUUCUUCAUUCUGGGCCCGGUAGCCGAAACGUUUGCACCAAGUAUACCGAUCUUGAGUGUCGGUAGGUUGCUGAGUGGUGUUGGUGCGGGUGCUGCUAUUGUCGUUGGUCCAAUUUAUAUAUCCGAGAUUGCCCCGCCCAACGCGAAAGGGUUCUUCGGCGCCUUUACGCAGAUUAUGACCAAUGUAGGUAUUCUAUUUACCCAGACGCUCGGCUACUUUUUCAGCAAAGGAGCUCAGUGGAGGGCCAUACUUGCCGUGGCUGGGUUACUCGGGGUUUCGGAACUCCUUGGUCUAUUCUUCGUACCGGAAAGCCCCACUUGGCUGGCUGAGCAUCAACAGGCGAAUCUGGCCAGACAUGUGCUGCAGAGGAUACGUGGGAAGGGUGCAGAUAUCGAAGAGGAGAUUGAAGGAUGGAAGAGCUCCGAGAGGCCCACAGGACCGGAGGAGGAGUCACUGCUCACCCCUCCUUCCGGCAACUUGCCACCUAAGCAACCUCCAGUUACGAUCGUGCGAGCUGUGACAGAUCCAUACUACCGUCCGGCCAUCGUUGCUGUCAUUGGAGUCAUGGUGGCUCAACAGUUCACCGGAAUUAACAGUAUCAUCAUGUAUAGUGUCUCGCUUCUACAGAGUCUCCUUCCCACGGGAGCGGCUUUGCUGACCGUGAUGAUCUCGGCCCUCAAUCUGAUCAUUACUCUUGCCUGCUCACCUUUGCCCGAUAAGAUAGGCCGAAAGACCUGCCUGCUUCUGAGCAUCUCCGGCAUGGGGUGCAACUCUGUCUUGCUGGCGCUCGGAAUCUAUUUCAAUCAGAAAGUCUUGUCCGCAAUAGCAGCUUUGUUAUUUGUGGCCAGCUUCGCGGUUGGAUUAGGUCCGGUACCUUUUAUCUUGGCCUCUGAACUAGUCGGUCCCGAGGCUGUGGGUGCGACACAGAGCUGGGCGCUGGCGGCCAACUGGACCGCCACGUUCGUCGUGGCUCAGUUCUUCCCCGUGCUUAACGACGCAUUGGGCGGCCGUGGUAAGAUCUACUGGAUCUUUGCGGUACUGGCUUGCCUUCUUGGAGGCUUCAUCUACGGGUGGGUGCCUGAGACCAAAGGCAAGGCCAAUGCCGAUGAGGUCUGGGGAAGAGAAGACUCGAGACGGACAGACUAAUGCCUUUCUGUUUCAUCUAUCUGGUCGUUACCUCUGAGUACUCUUCUACCUUAGCAAGGAAUCGAAGCCUUACAUCCGUAUACCAAUUUCAUUGUUAUGCACCGGUUCGGAACGGACCGAGGCAAUGUCCAGGCUGAAAUCACUUGCGUCAUAUUGGGAAAUUGUCCGCAUUUAGUUCUACUAUGAUUGAUGUCUUGCUUACGAAGUAGCCAUUGUUAGAAGCGCAUU